AUGGGCUUCUUUCACAGAAAAGAACGACAAAGCCAAAGCCAUGUUAUUGGCUGCAAUGCUGACUUCGACCCCCUUCAACAACGUACCCAUGCUUAUCAGACCUAUAAACCGACUCCUGUCUACGGAUCCCAAGGCCCUUCAAACCCACCUCAGGAAGGCGGCCCUUCUCCGUGGGUUUCCCGAUGGGACCCUAACAGCCAGAGAUACUACUACGUGAACUGCCAAACCGGCGAGCGUACCUGGAACACCCCAGAUAUCGCACAAGUAUCACCAAUGACCUCAGCUGUUGCAGCUCCAAUGGCCACAACCUCCAAUGCACCGACGGCAUAUGAUCAGACGAAUUCUAUGGAUUCUAUAGGGCAAAAUCCAGGCAUUGGAGAUGUUGUUGGUAUGGGAGCAGGAGUUGUAGAUAGUUUCUCUGGGCUUGUCGAUACAACAGAGGGUCUUGUGGGGGACGAUGAUAAGGAUGGCGAUAACUCUGAGUCUGAUUCCGAUGAUGGGUUGUGGGCCAAGGUUAAAAAGUUGGACACUUUGUAA